AUCAUCAUCUCACCGUUUAUCUUCUUCACCAUUCUCUUCACCAUCAUUCUCAUCAUCUUCACCAUCCUCUUCCUCUUCAUCAUCUUGAUUCCUCAUGGAACCCGAUGCUGGGUUUUCCUCUUGUUCAUCUUGGUUCUUUGCGGAACCCAGAUUUGGGUUCCGCGAGGAACCCAACCCGGAACCUAGUUCUGGGUUUCGUGAAAAGGAACCCAGAUCUGGGUUUCGUGAGGAACCCAGAACUGGGUUCUUCAUGGGUUCCUCGAAGAACCUAGGUUCUGGGUUUCAUGAGGAACCCUUGACGAACCCAGAACCUAAGUUACGCGAGCUCUAAGCACGAAAUUCAUAUUCUUGGUGAUUGGUUUGAUCAAUUUUGAAGUUUGGGAUGGUAAAGUUAGUUUUUCUUUGCUCUGUUUCUUUAGCUUCUUGCUUUGUUUGGUUGCUCUAUUUCAAUUUUGAAGUUUUUCUUUGUUUGAUUGCUCUAUUUCAAUUUUGAAGUUUUUCUUUGUUUGAUUGCUUUGUUUUCGUUUGGCCUUCGGGAACUCAACUGAAACUG